AGUUAGCUGAGCUUAACAAACAUUCAAAGCAAAAGCAAGCAAAUGGUGGCCAACGGGAGAUGCCUUUUCUUUCUCCUAUUAUUCCUCUCCCUCUCCCCCUCCAACUCUAAAUCAGUAGCAAAUCCUCAGUUUCCAUGCAAACCACCAACCCAUAACACCUACUCCUUCUGUAACAAAUCCUUACCCAUCACUAGAAGAGCCCAGUCUCUCAUCUCUCACUUAACCCUCCAAGAAAAGAUCCAGCAACUCUCAGACAAUGCCUCAGGGAUCCCCAGACUUGGCAUCCCACACUAUGAAUGGUGGUCUGAGUCUCUCCAUGGAAUUUCCAUUAAUGGCCCAGGUGUGUCCUUUAAGAAUGGAGGACCUGUUACUUCAGCCACUGGUUUUCCUCAAGUUAUUGUCAGCGCUGCUUCUUUUAAUAGGACUCUUUGGUUCUUGAUUGGAUCAGCUAUUGCCAUCGAGGCUAGAGCUAUGUACAAUGUUGGCCAAGCAGGGUUGACCUUCUGGGCACCUAAUAUUAAUAUUUUUAGGGAUCCCAGAUGGGGGAGAGGCCAAGAAACUCCUGGUGAGGAUCCUAUGGUGGCUUCUGCUUAUGCUAUUGAGUUUGUCAAAGGUUUCCAAGGUGGGCAUUGGAAAAAUGGUACUGAGACUGAGAGUACUGAUAGACAUGGGAUUGGACAGAAGAGGGUACUGUUAGGAGAGGAUGGCGAAAUUAAUGAUGAUAAGCUUAUGCUCUCUGCUUGUUGCAAACAUUCCACUGCUUAUGACCUGGAGAAAUGGGGCAAUUUCAGCAGAUAUUCAUUCAAUGCUGUGGUUACAGAACAAGAUAUGGAGGAUACGUAUCAGCCUCCAUUUCGUAGUUGCAUACAAAAAGGCAAAGCAAGCUGCUUAAUGUGUUCAUAUAAUGAAGUUAACGGGGUGCCUGCUUGUGCAAGAGAGGAUCUCUUACAAAAACCUAGAACAGAAUGGGGAUUCAAGGGAUACAUCACCUCAGAUUGUGAUGCUGUGGCCACAAUUUUUGAAUAUCAAAACUACUCCAAAAGCCCUGAGGAUGCGGUUGCUAUUGCUCUUAAAGCAGGAAUGGAUAUUAAUUGUGGAACAUAUGUGCUACGAAAUGCUCAAUCUGCUGUCGAGAAGGGCAAGUUACAAGAGGAAGAUAUAGAUCGAGCUCUUCAUAAUCUUUUUUCAGUUCAACUCAGGCUAGGGCUGUUUGAUGGAGACCCUAGAAAAGGGCAGUUUGGAAAACUUGGACCUAAAAAUGUCUGUACCAAAGAGCACAAGACACUAGCACUUGAAGCAGCAAGGCAGGGAAUUGUGCUUCUGAAAAAUGAUAAAAAAUUACUGCCUUUGAAUAAAAAAGCUGUUUCUUCCUUGGCUAUUAUUGGUCCACUGGCAAACAUGGCAAACAGUUUGGGUGGUGACUACACAGGAUAUCCAUGUGAUCCACAGAGUCUUUUUGAGGGACUUAAAGCCUACGUAAAGAAGACUUCUUAUGCCAUCGGUUGCCUUGAUGUAGCUUGUGUUUCUGAUACUCAGUUCCACAAAGCAAUAAUUGUUGCCAAAAGAGCUGAUUUUGUAAUUAUUGUUGCUGGGCUUGAUUUAUCACAAGAAACUGAAGAGCAUGACCGAGUUAGUCUUCUGUUACCUGGUAAACAAAUGAGCCUUGUAUCAUCUGUUGCAGCAGCAAGUAAAAAACCAGUGAUUCUAGUUCUUACUGGUGGAGGACCACUUGAUGUAUCAUUUGCCAAAGGAGACCCAAGAAUUGCUAGCAUUCUUUGGAUCGGGUACCCUGGUGAAGCUGGUGCAAAGGCACUUGCAGAAAUCAUCUUUGGAGAAUAUAAUCCAGGUGGAAGAUUGCCAAUGACAUGGUAUCCGGAGUCAUUCACUGAGGUAUCGAUGACUGAUAUGAACAUGAGACCUAAUCCUUCUCGUGGUUACCCAGGAAGAACCUAUCGGUUUUACACUGGAAACCGAGUAUAUGGAUUCGGUGGAGGCUUAAGCUACACUAAUUUCACUUACAAGAUCUUGUCAGCACCAAGCAAGCUAAGUUUGUCAGGCUCUUUGUCAUCAAAUUCUAGGAAGAGAAUACUACAGCAGGGAGGAGAAAGAUUAAGUUAUAUAAACGUCAACGAGAUUACAUCUUGCGAUUCAUUGCGAUUCUAUAUGCAAAUUUUGGUCGAGAAUGUUGGAAAUAUGGAUGGAGGCCACGUGGUGAUGUUGUUCUCUAGAGUGCCAACAGUUUUCAGAGGCGCUCCAGAAAAACAGCUUGUUGGAUUUGAUCGAGUGCAUACUAUUUCCCACCGAUCCACUGAAAUGAGCAUCUUGGUCGAUCCUUGCGAGCAUCUUAGUGUUGCAAACGAGCAAGGAAAAAAGAUAAUGCUGUUGGGUGGCCAUGGCCUAAUGUUAGGAGAUCUGGAGCACUUUGUUACCAUUCAAAUUUAUUGAUUCCAACUGUUUCAAAAUACCACAAUGUUUCAACAUAAUUCUGUUUUUUAAAAAGCUUGCACCUUGUUUCCAUUACUAAGCUUGUGGAGGUUUCUGAAAAAUACAGAUAUGGUAAGAAGUCGUUGCAUUCAA